AUGGAGGACCAAACUCACAAGGCCCAUCGGCCUUCCCAAUCAGGCGGGAAAGCAGAGAAGAAAAAGUUGAAAGGGAAGGGCAAGGAAACCCACCACGGUACCAACGAGAAAGCGUUUGCCCCAAAGUCCGGCCGCAGAGCCGAACGUCAAGGCCGACGUAAUGUCGAACGAGACCAAGCACGACUGCACGUUCCCCUGGUGAACCGUACACCAGAUGACUUCCCUCCUCCAGUAAUCGUAGCUGUUGUCGGUCCACCUGGUGUUGGCAAGUCUACUCUAGUAAAGAGUCUCGUAAGACGCUACACGAAACAAUCGCUUUCUGAAAUCAAGGGUCCUGUUACUGUCGUCAGUGGGAAGAAACGACGUCUGACGUUUGUCGAAUGCAAUAACGACUUAAACUCCAUGAUUGAUAUUGGUAAAGUCGCCGACCUUGUCUUGCUCAUGAUAGACGGCUCUUUCGGAUUUGAGAUGGAACAAUUCGAAUUCCUCAACAUCCUACAAUCACACGGCUUCCCAAAAGUCAUCGGCGUCCUAACUCAUCUUGACCUCAUACGCAAGCAAGCAACGCUAAAAAGCACCAAGAAGAUGCUCAAAAAGCGAUUCUGGACAGAAAUAUAUCAAGGAGCGAAAUUGUUCUACUUGUCCGGAGUUCUUAACGGACGUUAUCCCGACAAGGAGAUUCAGAAUCUGUCCCGCUUCAUCUCGGUCAUGAAGUUCAGACCACUUGUCUUCCGAAAUCAACAUCCAUAUAUUUUAGUCGAUCGUUUGGAAGACUUGACGCCUAGAGAAGACGUACGUACUUCCGAUGGCAAAUGUGACCGGAAAGUCACCGUGUACGGCUAUUUACGAGGAACGAAUCUGCGACCGAGAACAAAAGUCCAUAUCCCAGGUGUCGGCGACUUGGACAUAAGUUCAGCUUCAGUCUUAAACGACCCUUGUCCCUUACCUGACGCCGACUCGGAGAAAAGGAGAAAACUCAGUGAAAAGAAGAAACUGCUCGUACAUGCUCCAAUGAGCGACGUUGGUGGGGUUAUGUAUGACAAAGAUGCGGUUUAUAUCAAUGUACCGGGGAAUUUUUCUCGCGAUAAUGCUGAAGUUACACGAGGAGAAGGCGAGAAGAUGGUCAUUGACCUUCAAGAUGCCGAUGAAACUCUCGACAAGGCAGUUGCCAGAAGUCAAAUACGUUUAUUGGGUUCAUCAUCAAAAACUCUCGCUAUCGAGAGCGACGCUGAGGAAGAAAGCGAACGCGGAGGCUCCUUCGAUGGUGAAGAAAGUGAGGAUGACGAGGGUUACGGCACCGAGAUGUCUGAAGGAGACAUGCUCAGCGAUAAUGCCAGCGAUACUGAAGGCCACGACGAAUUUGAGCAAGGAGCUUCUAAUGGCAAGACUAUCGGCGACCGGGGAAGAGCGAACCCUCGCAGUCAACAACGUUCACUGGCGAACUUGUCAGCUUUGUCGAAGGGUACCUCGGCAGUCGACUUCGCUGAUAGUGAUUCCGAGCUUGAUCUAAGUGCGCCGGAAGGUGAACAGGAAGAUGGACUCAUGCGUGACGGCAAUGAAGGGGACAUCGACGUCAGUGAGGAUGAUGACGGAGACGCUUCUCAGGAAGAGGGUCAGCUCAACACACCACGCUGGAAGGAGAACCUACAAUCACGAGCACGAGACGCAUUCGAUAGACACGUGGGGAAAAACAGACGAAUGGACUGGAUGAGAAUGAUUUACUCUUCAUCUAUGUCUCCUGAAGACAUUGUUUCUGGCAAUACCGAUGAUCGCAACAAGUCGGGUGAAAGCGGCAGUGAUGAUGAGCUGUUCACAAUGAAAGCGACUGCCAUCUCGGAGGAAGAUAAGGAUUACAAGGCCAAGGAGGCUUAUGACGAAGCCGACCUCGCAAAAUGGAAGGACGAAGACCUGCUGGAUUCUCUCAGGGGACUCUUUAUUACAGGGAGUCAAGCAGUCGGCGAUGUUGAUGCAGGCAACGAUGCAUACGAAGAAGACACUGGUGAUUUUGAGGACCUGGAGGGCGAAAGUCCUGAGAAUCAGGGCACGAAAGAAACACAAGACAAUGGUUUACGGGUGGAUAAUGACAUUGAUCCCCGUGCAUCCGCUUUGGCUGCCAAGAAGGAAGCCCUGAAGCGGAAAUUCGAUGAGCAAUACGACGAUCCGGAAAGCCAGAAAUUGGACUUCUACGACGAGAAGAAGGACGAAAUGGCACGUCAGCUCGACUUAAAUCGCGCGGAGCUAGAGAGCGUUGAUGCCGAAGCUAGAAUACUCAUCGAAGGCUGUAGACCGGGUUCAUAUGUCCGUGUUGAGCUAGACAACGUGCCUUGCGAAAUGGUCGAACACUUCGACCCCACUUACCCUAUUAUUGUUGGUGGCUUGCUUCCUGCGGAAGAACGCUUUGGCUACGUUCAAGUCCGAAUCAAACGGCAUCGCUGGCAUGCUAAAACCUUAAAGACGAAUGACCCGCUCAUCUUCUCUCUAGGCUGGAGGCGGUUCCAGACCAUUCCUGUGUAUUCUUUGGAUGAUCAUUCUAUACGAAUGCGAAUGCUCAAAUACACACCAGAACACAUGCACUGCUACGCAGCCUUCUAUGGGCCGGCAGCAUUACCAAACACUGGAUUCUGCGCAUUCAAUACUGUGUCUGGUGAUGUUGGUGGCUUCCGGGUGUCGGCAACUGGAGUCGUGCUGGACAUAGAUCGCACUACAAAAAUUGUCAAGAAGCUCAAGCUGACUGGAGCGCCGUUCAAAAUCUUCAAGAAUACCGCGUUCAUUAAGAACAUGUUCAACAGUGCUCUGGAAGUCGCGAAGUUUGAAGGGGCGAACAUCAAGACGGUUUCCGGCAUCCGUGGUCAGAUAAAAAAGGCCUUGGCAAAGCCAGAAGGCGCAUUCCGUGCCGCCUUUGAGGACAAGGUGCUCAUGAGUGACCUCGUCUUUCUUCGCGCAUGGUACGCUGUGCAGCCUCGCAAGUUCUAUAAUCCCGUGACGUCACUGCUACUGUCUGAAAAGGACAAAUGGGCAGGUAUGCGGUUGACCGGUGAAGUCAGACGAGCCGAAGGGGCUAAGACACCAUUGAACCGGGACUCGUCAUAUAAGAAGGUCGAAAGGACGGGCCGGCGGUUCAACCCACUUAAAAUUACCAAGAAGCUGCAAGCGGCACUGCCAUACGCAUCAAAGCCGAAAUUGAUGAAGGCACAACACCGGCAGACGUACAUGCAGAAGCGCGCUGUGGUUCUGGAGCCGGAGGAAAAGCGGGCGAUUGCACUGUUGCAGCAGGCGCGAGCGCUUCGCAAGGACCAGGUUGCACGACGCCGGGAGAAGAAGGAGGGGCGGAGAGCAGAACACCGGAAAAAGACCGCGAAGGAGGAAGAGAAACGGGGUGAAAAGGGGAAGGAGAAACGCAAGGAGUACAUGCGUGCUGCAGGGAUAAAGAAUCGAAGAGACGCGGAACGGGAGGAUGGCGGGCGAGUCGCAAAGAGGCGGAAGACGUAGUGUUAGUGGCGGUAGUAGUGAAUUAGACACCAAAAUUUUUACAUCAGACUUGUGGUAGAUAGAGUCAUAAGAGGCCUGGAAGGGGUCGAUCUGGCAACUGGAAGUACCUCUGAUGUCAGCAGUAGCAGCGUCGAAUGUGGAGUGUUGUAAUGCAGUCAGUCGCCCAGCCCAGCAGCCGCUACAUUCUGUACGCGGGAUCAUCUCCAGUCCAGAUAAUCAGUUCAUCCUCAACCCCUCACUAGCAAAGCUCUCCGUGGCUCCUGUCCCCCUCCCGUCUUGUCCUCCAUCACUACAAUGUCGUCCCCUCCUCGUCCCGGCGCAGCGGUCGUCGCCAACGAGCGCAGUGUCCCCUCGUCGCCCCUCGGCGCAAAAGAGCGCUCAGCCGCGUCAACAUCGGAUCAG